UCAGCUACUGUGUUCAACACCUCAGCAUGGCACCAUGUAUUUCUCCUCUCUACCAGGGCUUUAGGGGAGCAACUCAAAAAUAUGUGCUCACUCAAAAGCCUCCAAAGCCUGCAACUUCUGUUCAGUCUUCACAGCAACACCUGCAGAGGAAACUCCGGUGUCUGCGGAGGCUCCAAAACGUAGCACCUCCCUGGUUCUGGUCUUCAGUUAGGCCGGUGAAGGGAAUAACUUGUAGCUCCAUUAACGGUAGAAUCAGUUUUAGGUUCUCAGGGUUGGUGUAUAAAGUGUGUACCUCUUACAACAGAGACAAGGGUUUACAUCCAGCUUCCCAUCUGCAGUUACACCAAGGCAGCAAAGGUACUUUGGUUACAGUCAGGAAUGCUUUAAUGUCAAGAAAUUUGUGUCUCUUGUGUCUCUCAAAUGUUAUAAAUAUUGUAUUUACUAUACAUUUAUCAUAUUUUAUUGCAUGACUGGAUAUUUCUUUUUAUAAUGUAGUUAAUGGAAUAUAAUUGGCAGUGUGGGCGUUUGGCUCAUGGUUGGCGCAUAAUUGGCACACAGCUUCUUUCACUCUUUGCUUAAUUGGCUCAGUGGUAUGUUUUUUUUAGCAGAAUGACGGUCUUGUUUUCUGCUGAAAGGGGGAGUUUUUCACAGAUUACAUAAGCUGCAUAAUCAUGACUUAGAUCACGCUAGGUGUGUUUAUGCCUCUGCAGUAACCCCAGCUGAAGGCUGGGCUUUAUGUUCCUUACUUGUGAAUGUGAGGUCUUUGGGCAAUUUCUUCAAGUUUGACGUGAGGUUGAAUAAUUCGUGAUAGAAAAUUGAGGUAUUUGUGGUAUCACAAAUCAAAUCUGGAACCAUGUUUUGGCAACAAUGUUAGCGCUGUUGCCAAAACAUUCAAAGAAGUCCUGGCUGUGAAUCCACCACCUGGCCGAGGCCGCUCUGUGAUGAGUUUGCGCUCUCUGUGUAUGUGUCGGUUCUUUCUGCUACUCUGGCUUCCUUCCACAGUAGAAAGACGUAGUUAGUGGGCUUGAGUUAAUUAGUGGUUCUGAAUUUCCUGUGGGUGUGAAAGUGAAUUGUUGUCUGUCUCUUGCAGCAGAUGGUGACCUGUCUGGGGUGUACCCUGCCUUCUGCUCCAGUCACCCUGACCCUGAAUUCAAUCAACAGAAGAAAAUGGACGAAUAAUAGUUUUGAUGGAUUACUUAAUAUUUGAAAAUAACUUCUGGCAAAAGUAAGCAGUAUAACUCUCAGUAUCACCUCUGCUACUAAUGACAGUAUUUCAAAAGAGGAAAUCAGCAAGCUUACUUUGUCACCAUUGCUAUGUCAGCACUUAUGUCAGAUUAACAGAUACUUUGUGUGGUCAAAGAGCAAGUUUGAUGAAGUUAUACCGAUAUUUAUCUUUUCUUUGCCACACUGUAAAAUUUCAGGCGCAUGUAACACAAGUUAUAAUAUUCAUUAUCACUUGUGGAAAUUUAAACCAAAGAUGUUGCAUAAGACUUUCAUGCUGUGCUAAAAACCAUCCAAAGUAGAAGCAGCAUUUAUGAGACAAGCUUAAGCCUGCAUGAUAAAGCCAGAGUCUUUGGCACCGAGCACACAAAGGAUACUCCUGUUUAUAAGGAGUUUAUAUCCUUACAUUUGAGAGCUGUUAAGCCAUCGGACCUGUUUUUCAUCUCAUCUCUCCACCAAAGCGCUCUGCCUCAUAAAGAAAAACCACAGUGAAUAAAUUUAGAUCCAAAUAAAAAUAUGAGUCUCUUUUAAACCCAAGAGGAGGUGAUUUUAUGAACAAAGGCAACAUGUCAGACCCUAUAAUCUGAGUCACUGUUUUACAGCUGGUGUGAACACCUAAAAAAAAUUAUGUGAUGACAACAGGAUGUAUUUUGAUUUUACAGAAGUAGUUUCAUUCAGUAGUUUUGUUGCUACACACAAUAAUUUCUUGAUCUUCAUCUCCUUAAUGUAAGUGUAGUAGUGUGUCUUCAUUUUUCCCAACUAGCAUUUCUGGAAAUUACUCAUUGUUCUAUGUAAUUAGGACACAGGUCAGCUGUUUCUAGUACCAUACAUUUGCAGAGUGGGCAUGAGGGCAGACAGUGUGUGGGAGUGUGAGGACCCGGGUGCAGACACAGACGAGGAGACAGCACUGAUCUUGAAACGAAAAGCGAGCCUUUAUUUUGGCAAAACUAAACUAGAAACUGAGACUUAACUAAGACAACUAGAGAGGCUAUGAAUAGGUGACUAUGACGACUAUGACUAAACAACUAUGAACAGGACUCUGAGCUGGAACAUGAAAGAAUUUUGAGACAUAUACAUGAAUGAGCAACAUGACCACGACCAGCACACCUGAAACCAGACAUAACAUGGGGGAAGAUACACAGAAACGCAACAAUAAACAAGGGAGGCAGAGGAAUUAAAUACACACAUUAGGUGAUCAGGAGUGGAGAGACAUGAGGACACACAUGAACCUGAUGACGGGACAGGGCAGGUGAAACUAAAUACAAUAAACAAAGAACACCAGACUCUUUCAAAACGAAACAGGAAACAUAAUGACACAGACAUGGCAACAUGAAGGGUUAGGGAGACCAAAACACGGUGAAAACAUAACAGGAAUCUACUAAACAAUGAACAAUAACAGCUACCUAGUCAUAACAGAAAUAACUGGAUAAGCUAAGCUAGAACAUAAACAAAUAACAGAAUACAGUGAAACUCAAAACCAUGGGUUGCAUGACCCAGACCAUGACAAUAUUCAAGUGUUGACAUUAGUCAGUCCCAGUUAAAUAUGAAAUAUGAGCUCCAGCAAUACUGCUACUUAAAGCCAAUACGAUAGCAAAUCUCACAAAGUGAGUUAGUAGAAGCUGGACUCCCUUAGGGUGUUGUUGGAGAGGAUGUCGUCCAAGAUAAGGACAAUGCUGGAUAACACCUCCCACCCACUCCAUGACCUGCUCGCCAGUCACAGGAGAACGUUCAGUGAGAAACUAAGCUUUCUCAUAAUGCACCACAGAACGAAAUAGGAAAUAAUUGCUGCCCUUACUCCUCCAUCUAAAGCACAGACCACACUGAAAUAGUUAGAACCUUUUGCACAUCCUGUGCAGGGAACAGCCUAGCUUCUGCUCAAUCAAGAGCCUCCAAAGCCUGAUGACCUGUUACAGUUUAGACUCAAAUUAAGAGACAUAUUCCAGCAGCCAUGGAUUGGAUAAGCGAAGCAAAGAGAAACAAGAAGAAGAUCAUAAUUGGUGUCUUGGCUGUGUCGAUUGUGACUCUAAUCCUUGGUCUUGGACUCGGUCUCGGACUGGAUUUGCAGAGAUGUCAAAACCAAGUCACGCCCCACACAUCCUGCAGGAAUAGAUGUUAUGAGCCUUUUGACAACGAGAAACCUGGCUGCAGAUGUGAUGAAAACUGCGUAGCCGCCAACAGCUGCUGCUUUGACUACCAUGACAUCUGCACUGCUCCUACUGAGCAGUGGGAAUGCACAAAGGUGCGCUGUGGUGAGAAGAGGCUGACGCAGAGCAAGUGCCACUGUUCAGAUGACUGUCUUUCUGCUGGAGACUGCUGCACCAACUACAAACACGUCUGCCAAGGAGAGAAACAGUGGGUCGAAGAUACGUGCGACAAUCUGUCAACCCCCACGUGUCCAGCAGGCUAUAAGCAACCACUGCUCCUUGUGUCUUUGGAUGGCCUGAGGGCGGAGUACCUGCAGACAUGGAGUGCACUCAUCCCUGUCCUGGAUAAACUCAGAAAGUGUGGAACUUCAGCUCCAUUCAUGCAGUCUGCAUUUCCGACAAAGACUUUUCCCAAUCACUACUCCAUUGUUACGGGUCUCUACCCAGAGUCAAAUGGUCUGAUUGACAAUACCAUGUAUGACCCGGUGUUUGAUGCCACCUUCUCUCUGUCCAGUCCAGAGAAAAAUAACCCCGACUGGUACCUUGGACAACCUAUUUGGCACACAGCAAAGUACCACGGACUGAAGUCUGGGACUUUCUUCUGGCCCGGAUCGGAUGUGAAAAUCGCCGACAGCUUUCCUGACAUCUACAUACCUUAUGACGGUACAGUGCCAUUUGAAGAAAGAGUAUUCACUGUGCUUAAGUGGCUGCAGCUGCCGGCUAAUGAAAGGCCGGAUUUCUUUACACUAUAUCUGGAGGAGCCGGAUAAAUCUGGACACAGUUAUGGUCCUGUGAGUGGAGGGAUUAUUGCAUCACUCCAGGGUGUGGAUAAGAUCAUUGGUCAGCUGAUGAAUGGACUGAAGCAAAUUAAUCUGCACCGCUGUCUCAACAUCGUUAUUGUGGCUGAUCAUGGUAUGGAGGAAACAAGCUGUGAAAGAAAGGAAGCACUGCAGGAACUCGUGGGCGAUACCAGCAUGUAUGUGGUAACUGAGGGUCCCAUUGGACGCAUCAGAGCCAAGGACAAAGACGCACUGUGGGACUCUGCUGGACUUGUUGCUAAUAUGACUUGUAAGAAACCAGACCAAAAAAUCAAGCCAUACCUGAAGGCUAACCUACCAAAGCGCCUUCACUUUGCCAACAGUCGUCGCAUUGAAGAUGUCAGCAUCCUGGUUGACACUAAAUGGCUGUUUGAGAGGGAUCCAGGGUCUCUCACGUUCUGCUCUGGUGGUAACCACGGCUAUGACAAUGACUUUGAGAGCAUGCAUGCCAUGUUUAUCAGUUAUGGCCCCAAGUUUCAGAACGAAAAAGAGAUUGACCCCUUCUCCAAUACUGAACUUUACAAUCUAAUGUGUGAUAUCCUCGAGGUUUCUCCUUCCAGCAAUAAUGGAACCCACGGCAGCAUGAAUCACGUCUUACGGCAGCCCUACUACACACCGGUGCACCCUGCUGAACAAAGUGAGCCCACUCAGUGUCCACUGGUCAACCUAAACCCUGAAGACGACCUGGGAUGCUCCUGUGGUGAGGUGGAUGAAACUAAUAUCAACAAACGACUGAAUCUGAGUGCAGAGGAGGCAUCCACUGCAGAAAAGAAGCAUGCACUUUUUGGUCGACCUCGGAUGCUUCAACCUGACCAAAGUUAUUGCAUCCUCUACCAGGAGGGAUUCAUCAGCGCCUACAGCCACAAAGCCCUGAUGCCCCUGUGGAGCUCCUUCACCAUCGACAACCCUAAUAACCUGGACCCAUUGCCUCCAGUCACACCAGAUUGUUUGCGGGCAGAUGCGAGAAUUUCAGCAUCUCAGAGUCCCAGAUGUGAUCAGUACACUGCUGCUGGAAACCUGCGUUCAGCCUUCUUGUACCCACCCAAUUUUAAUACAACGGUGGACCAGCAGUAUGAUGCUUUACUGAUGAGUAAUGUGGUACCAAUGUACCCUGAGUUUAAGAAGAUCUGGGACUACUUCCACAACACUUUGCUUAAGAAAUAUGCCUCCAUUUAUAACGGCAUAAAUGUGGUAAUGGGUCCAGUGUUUGAUUACAACUAUGACGGACAAUUUGACACCCCGGAUCAGAUCCAGCAGUUUCUUCCUGAUACAAACAUCUCCAUCCCCACACACUACUUUAUUGUGUUGACCAGCUGCAGAGACUCUGCUCAAAGCGUGACUUCCUGUGACAGCGAGCUGCAGACUGUGUCCUUUCUCCUGCCUCACAGAGCUGACAACCUGGAAAGUUGCAAAAGUACAGAAGCAGAAUCUCAGUGGGUUGAAGAUCACAUGUGGUUCCACCAGGCACGGGUCAGGGACGUUGAGUGGCUCACAGGGCUGGACUUUUACCAGGGUAGCAAUCGACCAGUCCCAGAGCUGCUGAGGGUGAAGACCCGCCCCACAGCAGCCAUUUACAGAAAACAAUAAAAUAACCCACAAGCACUCCUUUAAUCAUGUCAUGACACUGGCAGCACUGCUCUGAGGGUAAACAUUCCAAGUAACCUUAUUUAUUUACUUUUAUUUGUAAUCUCUUCAUUUAGUUGUCUUUUACUCCAGUUGCUAUUGUGAUUCAUUAUUCCCCAAGUUUUAAAAUUCAUCUUUCAUCAGUUCGUCAAUAAAUAAAGUAGAAGUUGAAUGAAUUAACAUUGUCAUUUGGUCUUCUCAAAACAGAAAAAAACAUCGGUACUGAUCCUAAAAGAAGAGUCAUUUAGAAUAUACAGUAUUGUAUUCUCUCCUAUCACCAGUGUUAUCUACCCUGCAGAGAUUUGGGGUUUUGUUAUUGGGAUAAACUGACUACAUGUUCAAUCUUCCAGGUGAGGAAAUCCCCAAAAAGUUGGUUUUGUUGAUCUGGAAGUUUUCAGUGCGAGAAACCUUCCGUUGCUCAUCCAAGUGACUUGUUCUGUCUCGUGAAGCAGACUGAAAGACUCUUUUGCUCAUAAUUCUAGGAGGAAAGAAAAUACGUCCCCAAGUUUUUUUUCCCUGUAAAAAUGGCACAAAACAUAGCCAAAAAUUAAUAAUGUGUCUCUACAAGGUAAUGUCAAGGCGCCUUUUAUAUAUAGACUUCAACACAUUCCAAGUGCACAUUCCAACAGUGUAGCUUCCAGUGUCUAAAUAUGGUCAAAUAUCCAGUUGCUUCAAAACU